ACGUCUCAAGCUUGUAGAAGCUGUGCACUUUUAAGAUUACAGAAUGUGCUGAAAGGGAACAGCUGCAUUAACUGAAUGGAACUUUGGAAAGCACCGAAUUUUAAACUGCUUUGAUAGCACCGAACAUCAGCUGAACAUUUAAUAGGUCAGGAUGGCUGUCCAGUUGGCUUCCUGCAUGGUGUCCCACAUCAAUGCCACAUCUUAAAGACGCAGAAGAGAAAAUACUGAAGUGUAUCACCAGCACAUACAGUAAACAAUAUGUCUACAUAUCCAAUGGGAAUAAAAUAUGGACGCUCACAUUCUCUCAGGACCUUUCACUUAAAACUCCACUUAUUCUCCUUCAUGGAUUUGGAGGAGGUGUUGGACUUUGGGCUCUUAAUUUUGAAGACCUUUGUGAAAAUAGAACCGUUUAUGCAAUUGACCUCUUGGGAUUUGGGCGCAGUAGUAGACCACAUUUUGACACUGAUGCAGAAGAAGCAGAAAAUCAAUUUGUAGAAUCUAUAGAAGAAUGGAGACAGGCAGUAGGGUUAGACAAAAUGAUUUUCCUUGGACACAACCUAGGGGGAUUCCUGGCUGCUGCGUACUCGCUGAAGUACCCAUCAAGGGUAAAACACCUUAUCCUAGUGGAGCCGUGGGGUUUUCCAGAGAGGCCGGACAAUGAACAAGAGAGACCAAUUCCAAUCUGGAUCAAAGCACUAGGAGCUAUGCUGAGUCCAUUCAAUCCAUUAGCUGGGCUCCGGUUAGCAGGACCCUUUGGUUUAAGCCUUGUACAGCGUUUAAGACCAGACUUCAAGCGAAAGUAUUCUUCUAUGUUUGAUGAUAACACUGUGGCUGAAUAUAUCUAUCACUGCAAUGUACAGUCACCCAGCGGUGAAACUGCUUUCAAGAACAUGACUAUACCUUAUGGAUGGGCAAAAAGGCCAAUGCUACAGCGGAUUUCUCUCAUGGAUCAAGAUAUUCCUAUCACUGUGAUUUAUGGAGCACGAUCUUGUAUAGAUGGCAAUUCUGGUAGCACCAUCCAGUCUCUACGACCAAAGUCAUAUGUGAAGACAAUAGCUAUCCUUGGAGCUGGUCAUUAUGUAUAUGCUGAUCAACCUGAAGACUUCAAUCAGAAAGUAAAAGAGAUCUGUGAUUCAGUGGACUGACUGGGAUUCUUCUGUUGAAGUUCUUGUCAUAGAAAAAGUAUCAUAGCAAUACUUUGUAGAAUAUUACGAAAACUAAGGAAUGCAGAGGUAGUGAGGCAGGCUCAAUUUUGCACUGUUUCUUCCAAGAAAUCACUUGCACAUUUAAACCACUUUGUGCCUUUUGAUUAGGGUAAAGAGUAUUUUAAACUAAAACCUUGUACAGUUUGAUUCAGGAAUUUGCUUUCUAUGUCUAGAGAGAAUAUUGGCCUGUCUAAUGUGAAAAUAUAAAUACCUUGUUUUUAAAUUGGAUUUUUAAAAAAUUAUGUUUGAACUUCACAACAUUUUGAAUACUAACAAAUUAAAUUUUGCACUCAACACCUAUGAUAAGUAUUUCUCUAUUCAGCCAUUAUAUAAGAAACAAUCUACUGGUAUAAAGAUGCAACUUGGUUACUUUACACACAUGUAUAAACAUUCAUAUUUCCAUUCAAAGUAAACAUUUGAAAUGAGUGUUAAAUUUUCAUUUGGAUCCUGAGACUUCACAUACAAUAUUUACGUAGCUUGUAUUUUGUGAUAACAACUUACAAAGUAGGCUUCUGAGGCAGGCCAGAGCCAAAAUAGCGAGCACUAUUUACCACUGGGAAUAAGGUAUAUUUGGUGUUUAAGGAAGAAAGGCUUUAUAGGAGGGAAAUAUUUCUUUUCUUGGGUUUUAGUACAUUCAUCUCAGAACCUUUUCUUCCAUGCGUCUGACAUCCUAGAAAGCCCAGUUAGUUACAGAGGAACAUUUCUGACAUGCGUGCUUCCAUAAAUAGAUUUAAUCUGUAGAAUUCAAUAAUUUGAAAUAUAGAAUUGACCUAUUAGCUAACAGAACCUGUUUUUAUGUUGGUAUAAUCAUUGCAAGAUCUGUUGCUGUCCUGAAUCUCUUGAUUUUUAGAUAGAUAAAUUAGCAAAUUUGAUCAAUAGCAGGAAAUUCCUCUGAAUAAUGAGCUUAUUCUCUUGUUUUCUUUAGAUAUUAAGCCUACUACUAUUUGUUUUGGCCAAUGCAUAUUUUGGAGUAUUGAAGCUAAUUGGGAAAUGCAUUAGACUAUUGUGUCUCAGUUAAUGCGUAGCAUCUUUUAUAAAAAGGGGUUUUACUGGACUAAAGAUUACCACUAGAACACGAUAUCUCCAUACUUUGGAAAUUCUUUAUAUAAAUACCUAGUUUUAAUUCAGUAUUUCACAAUCAGAGCUAGUAGUCUCUGGUUCUUUAUAAAAAUCUAGUUUGAUAUUAAUUUUUCAGGUGCUUAGUAAGAUGCAUUAAACAAAGUACUUUGUCACUUUAUGUCAAAUUAUGUGCUUUUAUUUAAAAAAAGAAAAAAGUUUACAUGAGAUUUUAUUGGUUUGUUUUUGAAUGUUAGGAUGACUACUGAAAGUAUCUCAAUACUUUUAUAUAAAAAAGGAUAUGACCUAAUAUUAGCACCUUCUAAAGGUUUAAAAAGAAAUCAUGGCUAUCCAUGUCGUUCACACUGUGUUCCAGUUGAAUAUAAUCUCUCCUCAAAGAAAUGCUGCUUCCGUGGUGCUAUGAAAACAUCAACCAGUCCUUGUGGCACUUAAUAAUAACUAACAAUCUAAAUAUUUUUUAUCAAAAUAGCAAAUUCAAUUGCAUUGUUAAUUAGAAAAUAUUGGAUUUUUAAAACAAAAAUCAGUCUUCUAAAACUUGAAGUUCAUUUGGAGAUUAAGAACAUCAGCUAUUUUAUAUGUAGAUUGUAAGUGAAAUGGCAGCAUAAUUGAUAGGUUAAUGAAUUUCUUGUUGAUUAAUAAAUAGUUUUUUUCCUGUUUCCUAUUAUUGUUGCUGUUCAAUUUGCAUUAAUUGGCUUGGUGGAAUAUUUGCAGUUACAUACAAAAAGUUGACAUUAAAAUACAGCUUUUUGUUCCAGCUAGUAAAAGGUAGAACAUGUUAAUAUUUUCAUUUAGCACUUUUAAUAUUAGGCGUUCUAUCUAAAUUGCCACAUCUAACAAUGUAAAAUAAGAAAAACCUUAUGUCAAACAUGGAAAAAAUCUUGUUCUUUCAGGUCAUUGUACUAAUAAAACUCACUCUUUUGUUUUGCACAAUAAAAAUAUUCAUUAAA